CAGCAGGAGGACUCUCUCUGCGCAUGCUCGCAGCUUUAGCAUUAUUAGUACACUGUAACGUGUAUUUGCUUCUAAACUGUGCUGUCAUCUCACCACAUCUAUGUGGUGUUAGUUGCUCGCGUGACUUAGUGUACCUGCAGCAGUCAGGGUCGUCCAUGAUUCAGAGAGCUGUAGCUUCGGUACAGCAGGAGGGAAAGCACUAUGUCCGCGAAUAAAACAAAGAAAGUCAAAAUGGCUACUAAAUCUUGUCCUGAAUGCGACCAACAGAUUCCUGUGGCGUGCAAGUCCUGCCCAUGUGGUUAUGUGUUUAUCAGCAGAAAACUCCUCAAUGCCAAAUUAAAUGAGCGCUCUUCUCCGGCCAUAGCAGACAAGCUGGACUUAAAGCGGAGGAGGACGGAGCGCAUCCGCAGAGAGAGGAUAGACUCUUCUCUGACCAAUGACAUGGAGAACAGGAGGAGACCCCGCACCAACAGCCAAUCAGAUCCCAUCCGGAGGGGGCGGGGCAGACCAAAGACUGUGGGACUGAAGAAACAAGAGGAGGACAAAGAGAAACAGGAGAAGGAGGUGGAUAUGUAUGCCAGUCUUUCCGAUGAGAAGGCCUUCGUGUUUUCUGUCGCCUUGGCUGAGAUCAACCGCAAGAUCCUGGGUCAGAGACUCAUCCUAUAGACCUGAUAGGUUCUAUCACGGAAGAACUUCUAAAUGGAGAGGAAGACCAAAGAACUGGACUUUGACCUGGAAGUGUUUCACUCUGAUGACGGCAUGAGGCUGCUGAAGCUUCACACUGAGGGAGAGGCGUCCACCACAGACUGCACACACACGUCUGUAGACUAAAAGCACCAGCAUGGUUUGUGUUGUUACUAAGGGAAGAUGCAUUGAUGAUAUUUCCCAACAGUUGUGUAGAUAACAUUUCCGAGUAUAAAUAUCCACACCCAUCCCCACUAUGAUGGGCUCUCGAUUUAAAAUGGAUGAAGAAAUACUACAUUCAUCUGGAUACAGGAACACCGUCAACAGACAGUAGAUCACAUUAAUGGAAGGCAGCAGGACUUCUAGCUGUGUGCGUUCUGAUGAGCUGAAGCUAUAAUAAGAACGCCAUUAUUCCGUGACUUGUGAGGAAUAUGGAGCAGGUUAGCCACCUGAUGAGUUCAAGCUUCGACUCCUCUAAUGAACAAGAUGAACAGGAUUCAUUUCCUCUCAAAUUUUAAAAACCAUAAUGUCGUAAAUAACUGCUACGUACAGUACACACCGUGUGUUUAGUUAGUUUUAUGGGCAAGUUGGAUUAUUUAAGAUAAAUGUUACCUUGCAUCGUAUGUGGAUGAAACUAAAUAACUGCAACCAACUCAAGACAGUGUGCAGCUGUCCAGCUAUCAGACAGGAAGUCAGACAAAUAUUUAUCAGAUUGUGAGAUAGUGCUGAAUAUGUGUCUUUUUAAAAUAAAAUAUUUUUUUUAUCAA